AUGGAUCCGCACGACGUCGUGCUCCAUCGGCGCGACGAAUACACCGAGCACCCGUACCUGUACUCGCCGACGCCGAUCCCCGACGCCGAUUCCCGGCGCGCUGCACGCCUGCCGCGAGGCGCGGACCCUGCUGGCGUCGGACGAGUACCACUACUUCGCGGCCUUUGGCGCGCCACUCCCCGAGGACGACUGGUCGUACGGUACACGUGGGAGGCCUUUGGCGUCGACACGGUGCACAUACCAGAUCGCGUCAUGCCCGACGACGACUACGCGCCGUACCCGCUGCUGCUCCGUUCUGUGCACGUCUACGCGCGUAACCCGGACUACUUCGCCGAGAAGUGCGCCGGCUGCGUCGGCACGCUAAAAGCGGCUAGCUCUUUCGUCCACAAGACCCUCGAGGUCCGGCCCAUGAUCUUCGAGGUCCUCCCGGACGUGUUUGUGCGCCUGACCGACAGCCGCGGGUAUGAUAUGAACUCGAAGAACUAUAAGUAG